AUGAUCGACGACGUGGCCGCGUCUUUGGCCUCGAUAACAACAACCACCCUUGUCGCUGCCAGCGGUCUCGGCUCAUAUUCUGGCAUGGCGCUCCCAACACCUUCAGGCUCACAUACACUGUACCAUCAUGGUUCAUCUUCUUCAGCCCCAGCGCAAGAUCCUAAUGGAGAUGAUGGGGGAGAAUGCAAGUUGCUCGGUCCGUUCUCUGUAUUCGUGCAGAUUGCCCUUGGUGGGCUCGCGCUCUUAUCACUCGUUUUCAAAAGGUGGAGAGAGCGGCCACAGCGCCCCGUGAAGGUGUGGGCUUUCGAUGUAUCGAAACAAGUUUUCGGAUCGAGCAUGCUCCACAUGCUAAAUUUGCUAUUGUCGAUGUUCUCGGCUGGCCAGCUGGAGAUUCGAAAUUCAUAUAAGCCGAACCCAUGCUCUUUCUAUCUACUCAACCUGGGAAUUGAUACCACUCUCGGAAUUCCUAUUCUGAUUCUUAUGCUUCGCGUGCUUAACUUCUUAGCUUCCUACACUAUUCUUGCAAACCCUCCUGAGUCGAUCGAGUCAGGAAACUAUGGACAUCCCCCACGUGCAACAUGGUGGCUCAAACAGGCCAUCAUCUACUUUAUGGGAUUGCUCGGCAUGAAGAUAUGCGUCUUCUUCUUGAUUCAACUAUUGCCUUUCAUCGUGAAGAUCGGCGACUGGGCUCUACAAUGGACAGAAGGAAACACCGCCGUCCAAAUCUUCUUUGUGAUGCUUCUCUUCCCAGUCAUCAUGAACGCUAUUCAGUACUAUAUCAUCGAUAUAUUCAUCAAGAAACCGGUCUCUCAAUACACCACAGAAGAUGCCAACGACGAUUCUGCCACAGAAGACGACGCCCAUCGCCGGGAGGCUCUCCUUGACGGCCUGGAUGCGUCUUAUUCAUCUGACUCAGAUGAUGAAACUCCCGGAAAACCUCAAAUCGCUCAUUCCCAUCCGAAAGCCGCAACUGCUCUCCGCGAAUCAGAACAGCUGCUUCCGGAGGAUCACUCUCCCGUUCCUCCAUAUGAACCUCCUAGCUCGAGUAGCAGCCAUGACGAGCCUGAUUCCAAGGCUCGUCCUUCUCGUUAA